CUUCAUUUUUUUCUCUCUCUCUUGUUUAAUUAGUUUAUUUUUUUGUUUCUUCUCUUUUUAAUCCCUUUGAUUAACCUUUAAACAAUCAGAUCUUGUUUCUUUUUUCAAUUUAUUACCAAACCUUAAAAAAGAAAGAAAGAGAAACAAUCAACUCCAACAAACCAAAAACCUAUAACCUUGGGUAACAUUUAUAAUAGGAUUGUGUAAAUAUAUAUACUAUAAAUUUCAAAUUUUAAAUGGCUUGUGGGGCCAUAAAGAGAUCCCUUGAAUGGGAUCCAUUGAAUUCACCCUCACAAAGUAGCACUCCAGUUGUAUCAAGUGCGAGGCCAACUAAGAAACGAUGUCUUGUCCAUCAUAAUUAUAAUACCACCGCUUAUAGUGGACCUAAGGAAGCUUCACCCUUUGCUGAUUUACACCCUAAAUUGUCUCCAGAAACUAUCGCAGCUAAUAUUAAGGAUGAAAUGAAACGACUACAGAAUAGGAAACAGUUGUAUUACUCAAGUAGUGGAAAUCAAUUCAUGCUGAACUCACCCAAUCCAGAGAAUAAUUCAAAUGAAAAUGAAGCCUCAACGUCAACUGAAGGUCAAAGUUUAAAUUCAAGUUUCCUUGGACUACUAUCACCAUCUCGCCGUGAUCAACCUUUAUUCACAUUUAGACAAGUAACAAUUAUAUGUGAGAGACUCCUUAAAGAAAGGGAAACAUCGCUUAGAGAAGAAUAUGACCGAGUCCUAAGCAGCAAAUUAGCAGAGCAAUAUGAUACAUUUGUAAAAUUUACCUACGAUCAGAUUCAAAAGAGAUUUGAAAACGGGACAACACCAAGCUAUUUAUCUUAGACUUCCUCUCCUCCUUUUUCUAUCAAGUAUUCAUAUAUAAAAAAAGUCAAUAAUUAUACAGCAUAGAAAGUGAAAUUUGAACGCAAAAUUUUUCUCUGCGCAGAAUUUUUCUCCAAUAGCGUUAAGAUGCGUAGAUAAUAAAUUCUUUUUCACUAACAAAAUGUUACUUUCAAUGCUGUAUAUUAUGUAUACUGAUUUAAAUCUAAUAACUACAAAUCAACAACAACAAAACAAACCAACAACCACCAACAUCUAACUUUUUUUUGCUACCGAUGUUGAUGAUCUUGAUUCUUCUCAUCUUUUGUUCUAUUCCCUUCCCUCUAUCUUUUCUUUUCUCUAUCUUUCUCUAUCUCUAUUUCUUUCUUUCACUUCCCCUGGUCAUCAUAAUGUUUAUCAUCAUCACUUCUCUCUCAUCAUCGUCAUCAUUUGUGUCAUCACAAUUAUCAAGGCAAAAACAUUGAAAAUAUUUGGAAAAAAAAGUGAGAUUUGAAUUCUGUUUUUCAUCCAUACUUUUUGUGUCUUCUUUUUUUCUUCUUCUUUCUUUGAUCUUUCUUUUUCUCGAAAACAGCGACAAAACAACAACAACAACAACAUCUAAAGAUUGAAUUUUGUUAAAUUGAUUUUGCACUUUUUUUUCCACUUUGGAUUCUACUUUAAUUGUGAUCGAUUAUCACCAAAAUCAACAACAAAGACAAACGCAAAUUCAACACACAUCUCAAUCUAUAUAUCAACUUUUGGUCAUUUACACCAUGCAAAAAAAGAUUCAACGAGAGAAAUGAAAAACAACAACAAACAAACAAACAAAAUAGAAAAGAUAAUUAAAAGAAAAAGCUGAUUACAAGCGACGAGAAAAAAUUAAAACAACCCAAGCAAACGUAUAAAAAAAAUAUUCAACUAAA